UAUGCGUUAGGCUGAACGUGCCAAGCUAAGCCUAGAAGCAUGGCCAUGGCGACGGGUGUGUGCCUCCCCCCACCACUCGCGACCGUCGCGCGCGCCUCCACCUCUCUCCCCGCUCGCUCCCGCCGCCUACCUCGUCCACAGCGCAGACCCCACCCUCUCGGCCGCGCCGCGGCGGGGAUGGACGCCCUCAACGUGUCGUCGCGGGACGCGGAGCCGCUCAUCCACCCCGUGUCGGCCGCCGCCGCCGCCACUGCGCACCGUCGGCUCCGCGUGCGGACGCACGCGCAGGGCGCCGACGAGUCACCGACGGACGCCGGCAGUGGCGCGGCGGCCGGGGCGGACUACUCGCUGGCGGCCGUCAUCCUCCCGUUCGUGUUCCCUGCAUUGGGUGGCCUCCUUUUCGGUUAUGACAUCGGCGCAACUUCUGGAGCGACCAUAUCUGUGCACUCUGCUGAGCUCAGUGGCACCACCUGGUUCAACCUCUCUUCUGUGCAGCUAGGGCUUGUGGCCAGUGGUUCACUUUAUGGUGCUCUUGGUGGAUCCAUUCUCGCAUACCGCAUUGCAGAUUUUCUAGGAAGAAGAAUAGAGUUGAUCACAGCAGCUGCAUUAUAUAUUUCUGGUGCUUUGGUCACUGGAUUAGCUCCUAAUUUUGUAGUUCUGAUCAUAGGCCGUCUCCUUUAUGGCGUUGGCAUUGGUUUGGCAAUGCACGGUGCUCCCCUUUAUAUUGCAGAGACUUGUCCUUCACAAAUACGUGGAACAUUGAUAUCUUUGAAGGAGCUGUUUAUUGUAGGAGGGAUACUGUUUGGAUACCUCGUAGGGAGCUAUGAAAUUGAUGUUGUAGGAGGAUGGCGGUACAUGUUUGGUUUUAGUGCUCCACUGGCAGCUAUAAUGGCUGUUGGUAUGUGGAGUUUACCACCUUCACCUAGAUGGCUACUUCUCAGGGCAGUGCAGGGAAAAGGCCCUGUGGAAGAUAACAAAAAGAAGGCAAUGAAUGCCCUGAGAAGACUGAAGGGCCCUUCAGCAAGUGAGAAGGUUCUGACAGACGAGAUUGAUAAUAAUCUUUCAUCAAUUAGGGCUGCCUACGCAGAUCAAGCUGAGGGAAGCAUUUUUCAAGUAUUCGAGGGAGCAAGCUUGAAGGCCUUCACUAUUGGAGGAGGACUGGUUCUCUUCCAGCAGAUAACAGGCCAGCCAAGUGUUCUAUACUAUGCAACCUCCAUUCUGCAGACUGCUGGGUUUACAGCUGCAUCUGAUGCUGCAAAAGUGUCAAUUUUGAUUGGGCUGUUCAAGUUUGUGAUGACAGGUGUCGCGGUGCUUAAAGUUGACGAUCUUGGAAGACGGCCGUUAAUGAUAGGAGGUGUUAGUGGAAUUACUGUUGCACUCUUCCUGCUAGCAGCUUACUACAAGGCUCUCAGUGGCUUCCCUUUUGUUGCUGUUGGUGCUUUACUUCUUUAUGUUGGCUGUUACCAGCUUUCAUUUGGUCCAAUAAGCUGGCUAAUGGUCUCUGAGAUCUUCCCACUCCGAACAAGGGGACGCGGAAUCAGCCUCGCGGUACUCACAAAUUUCGGAUCGAAUGCGUUAGUGACAUUCGCAUUCUCACCCUUGCAGGGGUACCUCGGACCGGCCAACGUCUUCCUUCUUUUCGCAGCCAUAUCGCUGCUCGCCCUCUUGUUUGUCAUCCUCAACGUCCCAGAGACCAAAGGGCUGAGCCUGGAGGAGAUUGAAUCCAAGAUCCUGAAGAAGUGAUUGGAAAUGCCUGCUGAUAUUCAUCCUCUAGCCUCUUCCCUGUCCGCUCCACGGAUCGGAUCGG